AUGAACGCCAUCAACGCCACGAACGCGCCUCGAACGCGCCCCGAACGCGCCCCUCUGACCUCUUCUUGGAUCCAUCGUCUGCGACAGCACAGCCAGGACGCCUGCAAACGCUUCAUCACGGUUUCGAACACCAUGCUACGACAGGACUUCAACCGCAUCGACCCCAAGCGGCGAAACGUGGUCGACCACCGGAAAAAGCAGUUCGCCGUGCCCCAGUACAAGGAGGCCGAGUACCCUUACCGACUCAACUUUUACACCGACGCGCCCACCGAGGAUAUUACGCUCGAGCAGUUUGAGCAAUGGGCCAUCGACCGGCUGCGGGUCCUGGCCGAGCUGGAGGCAUGCUCGUUUCGCAAUCGAUCGCCAGCCGAGACCGCCGACCACAUAAAGCCCCUCCUGGACAAGUACCUGCCCCUGGAUACGAACAGCUCGUCCAAGGCGCGGCUGCGGGCGCAGCGGCAAAAGGACCACUACAGCCACUUUAUCCUGCGGCUGGCGUUUUCGUCGACGGCGGAUCUGCGCCGGCGGUUCACGCGCGUGGAAACCAUGCUGUUCCGCAUGCGCUUCAACAGCGACGACCUGGCCGAACGGUCGGCGUUUGUGUCGAGCCUCGAUCUGGACUGGUGGGAGGCCGUGACGGAUGACGAGAAGAGAGACUACGCCGAGGAGCUGGCCGCCAUGGGCGGCGGCAGGAAGUUUGCGACCGAGGACGACCUGUGGUUCAAGGUGGACUGGGAGAGGGUGCCUGAUCUGGUCGAGGGGAGGAGGGUGUUUGUCAAGCGCGGCAAGGCCUUUGUCCCGGGGAGGGAGCAGUCGAGCAUGGUAGUGGCGGAGUUUUCGUCGCGCCUGGAGAAGCAGCUCGAGCUGACGGCCCGGGCACUGCCUCGGCUGGACGAAGACGACCGCCUGACGCCGAUCCUCAACCACCUGUCCAAGAGCUUCAUCACGCCCGACGCGGCGUACUCGUCGGCGUCGUCGUCGUCGGCGCCGGCCGGCGCGCGCACGACGGCGGCCAACGUGGACAAGCUGUCGCAGCACUUCCCGGCGUGCAUGGCGCACCUCCACCGGUCGCUGCGGCGCGACGCGCACCUCAAGCACUACGGGCGGCUGCAGUACACGCUCUUCCUCAAGGGCAUCGGGCUCAGCCUGGAGGAGUGCCUGGUCUUCUGGCGCGGCUCCUUCAGCCGGCUGACGGACGACCAGUUCAACAGGGAGUACCGGUACAACGUGCGCCACGCGUACGGCGACGUGGGCGGCGACGCGAACCGCCGCGGCGGGGGGUACGGCCCGCUCAGCUGCCAGAGGAUCCUGACGGAGCACCCGCCGGGGCCGGGGGAGGCGCACGGCUGCCCCUACCGGCACUUUGGCCUGGAGAACCUGACGGCGCUGGUGCAGGCGAUGGGGGUGUCGGACCGGGGGGUGCUGCAGGGCGUCAGGGAGGACAAGGACACGCAAAAGUACCACAUGGCGUGCAACCGCGUCUUUGAGCACCUCCACAAGGCCGAGAUCAAAAAGGCCAAGGACGAGGGCGCCAUGACGUCGAACCAGCUCGAGACCAUUGUCCACCCGAACGAGUAUUUCAAGCGAGGCUACCUGCUCAAGAACCUGGGCAAGGACGCUGACGUCCGGAUGGAGGAGUAG